GCAACUCCAGAUUGACGCAAAAGUUUCUGGAGUUGCUUAAAAUGUUUCUCAAAGCCGAUGGGUGGGUCUUGCUCAGCUCCCUUCCUGCAAAUGUUUCACGCAUCAAAGAGAGCCGAAGAUGAAGGACAGGCUGGAGGAGCUGAGGAGACGCAUGUAUGAGAAUGGGGACUCUCUGGACCUGGAGGAGACCUUCUCCUUUGACAACCCUGCUUUUCAAGAAGACGAGAGCAGUCUGAUGAGUAAGGUUCUCCAAGAAAUAAGCAGCCUCUCCUUGGCUCUGAAUAACCUGGAGCAAUAUUCUGAGAACAUCGACAAGAAGCAGCAGCAGGUGCUUUGCUGCACCACGGAAGAAAGCAUUGGUGAGGAGAAAAAAGAGCUUAGCACCAUGAAGGACAUUUUCACCAGGGAGGCUAAGGCUCUCCAGCCAAGGCUUAAUGGCAUCCAGGAGAGCUUGGCCAAGGACAGCACUAAGAGUCUGGCCAUCAGCCGCAUUCGCUACAGCCAGUUCUCGGUGUUGGUCAACCGCUACCGUGAGAUCAUCACCCGCCAUUACGCCAAGGAAAUCCACUAUGUGGAGAAGCUGAAGGAGCAGAUCCAGAGACAGACGGAACUGGCAGGCUUGCAUCUCCAAGAGGAGGACAUCAAGCAACUGGUGGAGAGCCAGACAAUGCCGCGCAUUGUUGGCCGAGACCUGGAUGUGCUCAAAGCCAAGCAGCAUCUCGCCAUGGCCCAGGUGCGCCACCAGCAGCUGCUUGACUUGGAGACCCAGAUCAGUGAGCUCCACUCCCUCUUCUUGCACUUGGAGAUCCUGGUUCUGGAACAGCAGGAGGUCCUCGACAGUAUUGAGUACAACAUCCUGCACACCAUUGAUUACAUCUCCCAGUCCAACGAGGAGGUCAAGAAAGCCAUCAAAUUCGAGCGCCAUUCCCGGUUGUCCACCAUCUUGUCGGCACUCCUAGGCCUUUGUGCCUGUUGUACAUGCCUGUCAUGCAUGGCAACUCCAAGUGUGUUGCGCUGAACAAAAAAAAAGCGAGAGAGAACUGUUCCUUUCAAGGAGAAAGAGAAACCCUAGAUGGCCAAGAACCUCACGGAGCGUUGGAUGUACAUCUGAGAAGAAGUCAGUCUGGAUAAAGGGGGCUGAUGGGUGCUUCCAAAAAGGCGGUUUUUGGCUUGAGUUGAGUGGAAUAUUUUGCUUUUUUGUGUGUGCAAAGCAGAAAAAAAAAAGACUUAUUGAAAUGGGACCAUAAGCUCAGCAGAGCUCACUUCAUUUUUGCUUCUAGCAGCAUUUGACUCUGCUACUGGAUUACUGGAAUGCAGGCUGUCAUGAUCCCAUGCUCUAGUUUGUAGCUUUUAACAACUAGGAUUCAACUGCGUUCUACGCCAAGAGAUUCUUUUUUGGCUACAUCUGGUGAACUGCAGUGAACAGAUCUGUUCUUCUUGUUUUCUGUUUUAGCACUGAGGUUCAUCACUAAGUCAUCAGGGCAACGACAAAGCUGUCCUCUCAUCAGUUCCUGGAAGGUUCACUUGGGCUGCAGGCGAGAAGCCCAAAGUUAUAAUGAAGAACCUUUGACAGUGCUGGAUACGUGAAAGAAAAGUCCCUCUGCACACGCUCAGAUGCACUCCCCGAUCUUGGAUGCUUUUGUGUGUUCCAAAAACAAGACCUUGUUUCCAGAACAGGCCGAGGAUUGAAGAAAGCUGCUUCAGGGGUGUCGUUCAGACAAAGCGUAUUUCAUGGAGUCUAAAUGCUUCAGCAAAAUUUUACAAGUGCUGGUUUUUAGCAGAUGAAAAAGGACACCCUAGAAGUAAGAAAAUACCUUGAGCUGCAAAACAGGUCCUGUGUCAACACUGUGCUCAUUUCUGACUUCCCUGAAAUGCUGAAGAUUGACACACAUACACCUUUGUUUGUAAAAAAUAUUAAAGUAAAAUAA